GUUCUAAGUUUUCCCGCGCGCUCUGCAGCAAGCAAACGCCACAGUGAGCGUUUUAGCAAGAAGAACAGACAAGCUAGCGUCUCGCUGGUAUUUUUGAACCAUUUACAAUUGUUGUCAAAGCUGUAGCUUUAUGAGAAUGUCGUAUUCAGACUACGACCCAGCUUGUCUCCCAGACUUAUUACCGCUCUACUACCGGCGACUGUUCCCCUUCUCACAAUAUUAUCGCUGGCUGAACUACGGCGGAGUGCAAAAAAACUACUUUCAGAACCGGGAGUUCUCCUUCACUCUCAAGGAUGACAUCUAUGUUCGCUACCAGUCAUUCAGCACGCAGAACGAGCUGGAGAAGGAAAUGCAGAAGAUGAACCCUUACAAGAUCGACAUUGGAGCAGUUUACAGUCACAGGCCUAACCAACACAACACCGUAAAGUCUGGCAGCUUCCAGGCUCUGGAGAAGGAGCUUGUGUUUGACAUUGACAUGACCGACUACGAUGAUGUCCGCACCUGCUGCAGUGCUGCAGAUAUUUGUUCCAAGUGCUGGACGCUGAUGACCAUCGCCAUUCACAUUCUGGACAGGGCUCUCCGAGACGACUUUGGUUUCCAGCACUUGCUGUGGGUUUACUCCGGCAGAAGAGGAGUGCAUUGCUGGGUGUGUGAUGAAGCUGCCCGGAAGCUCUCUGCCGCAGGACGUUCCGCUGUGGCAGAAUACCUCAGUCUGGUCAAGGGCGGUGAGGAGACGGUGAAGAAAGUGGUCCUGACAGAUCCAAUUCAUCCCUUUAUCAGUGCAUCUUUGGAAGUGGUGGAGAAAUACUUUCUGGAAUACGCGGUGCAGGACCAAGACAUACUGGGUCGCAAGGAGUGUGUGGACAAAGUGCUGGCCCUUGUGCCUGAAGAUGUCAGAAAUGAAUUGCAGACCAAAAUGAAAGGUGUGAAGCAACCAGAAAAACUCUGGAAAAUGAUAAAAAAUGAAGCUAAGAAUAAGCAGGGUACUGUGAAAAAAGGCCAACACUUUGAAAAAGAAAUCAUGCUGCAGUACUGUUACCCUCGGCUCGACGUGAACGUCAGCAAAGGGGUGAACCAUCUGCUCAAGAGUCCGUUCAGUGUCCAUCCCAAAACAGGUCGGAUCUCAGUUCCCAUAGAUCUCAAAGAAGUAGACAGCUUUGAUCCAUUUGUUGUGCCUACAAUCAGUCGCAUCUGUGAGGAGCUGGAUCGUCCCAGAACAGAAGAGGAAAAGUCGGAGGAAUCCCAAGACAAAGAAAAUGAGAAAGAUGCAGUUGAGACUCGGAAGAUGAGAGAUUACAAAAGAACCAGCCUGGCAAAGUAUGUGAAAUACUUUGAUUCUUUCCUGGAUGGAAUGACUCGUUCCUGGAAGGGAGAACUUCUCAGAAAGAGUGAUGAUCAAAUGGAAUUCUGACAGGCAUCAAACUCGUGCUUUAAAAAUAACAGAUUUUACUGUCUGUUAGUACAUGUGGUGAUGGAUGUGUAGUGCUUUAUGCAUUUGUGCAUUUGACUCUUGUGACUUUGAUAUCUUUUUGUAUCAAAUCUUUGUAAUUUUCUACAUUUUUCCAACAUUUUGCUGGUGUAUAAAUAUUUGUGAGGCAUUCAAUAAAAUGUAUUAAAUUUAAGCUCUUGUUCAA